AUGUCAGCCGAAGAAACAUCAGGACUCGAAGCCGCCCGCAAGCAGAAGAUCCACAAUCUGAAGCUCAAGACGGGAUGCCUUGAGAAUGAGGAGCUUAUUCAAGAGCUCCACAUAUCCGACUGGUCCGAAAUGCAGCGGCAGAAGCUGCGAGGUUCCCACGAGAAGGCUCAAGAGCUUCUUACUUCUGUUGAGAUGGGCACUAAGUGGAAUCUGAUGGAGGCAUACGACCUCGCCAAACUGAUGCGCGUAUGCGGCUUGGAGAUGAACCAGCGCGAGUUGUAUCGCCCGGAGGACAAACCACAGCUAAUGGAUAUCAUCGGGAUAAAGAAGGUGCUACAGGAUUUACGCCAGAACCGUAACAAGACACGCGUGGUGAGCUUCACGCAGCUGAUUGACAACAGCAUCGCUAAAAUUGAGAAGGUUGAGGAGGAACUGCGCCGCUCACAGCUAGACGCCACUCAACUGGCUCAGGUGCCAACACGCAUGCUGAAGAUGGUCGAGGAUAUUAUGAACACGACACAGAUCCAGAAUGCGUUGGCAUCAACGGACGACCAGAUGAAGACACUGCUUGCGCAGUUGGAGAAGACUAACGAGAUCCAGAACGUUGCGAUGCACGAUGGUGAAAUGCAGGUGGCGGAGGAGCAGAUGUGGACGAAAGUUCAACUGCAGGAGCGCCUUAUUGAGCUGCUCAAGGACAAGUUCGGCUUGAUCAGCAAGGUCGAAGAGGAGAACGCGCAGUUCAAGGAGAUCUACGAGGUACAGAAGCAAGCAAACCAGGAAACAAGUCAGAUGAAGGAUGCGAAACGCCGCCUCAAGCAGCGGUGCGAGACUGAUCUGAAGCACAUCCAGGAUGCGAUCCAGCGUUCCGACAUCGAGAAUGCUGAGGCGACAAAGCGAUAUGCCGCGGGCAAGGAACGCAGUGAGCGGUGCAUCCGCGAGAACGAGGAUGCACAGGAGGAGAACUGGAACAAGAUCCAGGACCUCGAGCGACAGCUCCAACAAUUGGGGACCGACCGUUUCGAUGAGGUAAAGCGCCGUGUUGAGGAGAUUGACCGUGAGGAGAAGCGUCGCGUGGAGAACGCGCAGUUCCUGGAAAUCGCAUCGCAGCACAAGAAACUUUUGGAGUUGACUGUGUAUAACUGCGACGUGGGAAUCCGGUGCACAGGCCUGAUCGAGGAGAUGGUGGCGGAAGGCUGCGCCGGUGUUAAGGCACGCUGUGAUAAGGCAAACCAGGAGCUUGCCGCACUGCGUCUCGAGGUACACAAGGAGCACUUGGAAUACUUCCGCUUGUUGUACCUUACCCUUGGCUCGCUCAUUUACAAAAAAGAAAAGCGCCUCGAAGAGAUCGAUCGCAACAUUCGUACGACGCACAUCCAGUUGGAGUUCUGUGUUGAAACGUUCGACCCGAAUGCGAAGAAGCAUGCAGACAUGAAGAAGGAGCUCUACAAGCUGCGCCAGGGAGUGGAGGAGGAGCUAGCGAUGUUGAAGGAGAAGCAGGCAAUCACAUUGGACGACUUCAAGGAAUCCGAGGAGGCCCUGGACGCCGCCGGUAUCGAGUUCAGCCACCCUGUCGACGAAAACAACGAAGAGGUUUUGACUCGUCGUAGCAAGAUGGUGGAGUAUAAGUCUCAUUUAACGAAGCAGGAGGAGGUGAAGAUUGCAGCGGAACGUGAGGAGAUCAAGCGGGCUCGCCUUCUGCGCUCCGGCGCGACUGCAGCACAAAUCGCUGGUGGAGCAGGAGCUGACUCUGCAAUUGCUGCGGACAACGAUCAGAUUGAGGCAUAA